CAAAGUGCUAAAAUAAAAUUUGUGCGCAGACGCUCCCCUUAACCUGAGAACCACUGGUCUAUGGGUCUAUGGCAUGAUGUCUAUGGUCUGUCAGUAGUGUUGGUACUGUUGGUGUCAUCCAAAACAAUAAACCGAUUGAGGUUAUGUUUCAAACACCGAAACCUGAGAUUAGGUCAACCAAGAUGUCGAUUCUGCAAUAUUCGAAGACCUGUAUUCAACAAACUCCCCUUGACAAACACAGUUGUGAACUAUGUCCGUACAUCACAACUUCAACCUUUUUUAUGGAAAACCACAGGAAACAUCACACCUCACCACCAACCCCUUUCGACUGCGAACAAACAAACCUCGAAAUUUACUACUGCGAGGACUGCAAUUUCAAAACCGAACUCACCCUUUUUUUCAAACAACACCUCCGAGAAUGUCACAGCGCGGAAAAAAAAUCGCAAGAAAAUCCAGCGAAUGGGGACUACACCAUCAAAAAAUACAUUUGUGAUAAGUGCACCUUCGAAACACACUUGUGGCUCAAAUGCCUUCAACACACCUGUUGGACAACUAGUUCCAAAUGGUAUAAAUGUGACCAGUGUGACUCACAAUAUAAGUACAAAAAAUCCUUAAGAACACACAAAAUGUUGAAACACUUGAGCGAGAAUGAGGUUAUCUGGUACUUUUGUGCCCAAUGUAUGUACAAAACCAAGCGCAAAUCCUGUUUAAAACGACACAUAUAUUGUCACCACGUGGACGAAACCAAGAUUAAAUGGCACAAGUGUGAACAGUGUCCAUUCAAAACGAAACUAAAAUGCAAUUUAAACCAACACGUGUAUCGCGCGCAUUUAGACUUACAACUGAUUAAAUGGCACCAGUGCCCAACGUGCUCGUACAGAGCUAAAAGAUCGUCAAAAAUAAAAGACCACAUAAACGUGAACCAUUUGGAUGAGCCUGAUAUUAAAUGGUACGAAUGCCAAACUUGUCCAUACAAAACCAAAAGUAGGAAAAAUUUACGCAGACACAGGAUUAGUCAACAUUUUCCAGAACACCAGAUUAAGUGGUUUCGCUGCGAGCAGUGUUCCUACAAGACUAAACAGUGUAGCAGUUUGAAAAGGCACGUCACUGCAUACCAUGUGGAUGAAGGAGAUAUUAAAUGGUACAAAUGCGACCAGUGUCCAUUCAAAACUAAACAGAAUGCCAAUUUAAAGAGACACGUGAAUAAUAUACAUAUGGAUAAACAGGAGAUUAAAUGGUUUGAAUGCAAACAGUGCCCAUUCAAGUGUAAACAAACCUCGAAUUUGAAGACUCACAUCAGCAGACAUCACUUGGACGAAAAAGAUAUGAAGUGGUUUGAGUGCCAUAGUUGUGAGUACAAAGCUAAACAAAAAACUGUUUUAACUAAACAUAUAAAUGUGUGGCAUUCAAGCGAGGGGGCUAAAUGGUUUAAGUGCGAAAAGUGCCCUUUCAAGUGUAAGGUGAAGGAGAAUUUGGGAAAGCAUGAAAGACAAAGACAUUUGGAGUCAUUUUUUGUUUAAAAUUUAAUAGUCGACAAUGUUAUUUUCAGGUUUCUAGAAAUAAAUUAGAUUUUUCAAA